AUGGAGGAGGUUGAGGGUGAGAUUCAGCCUGAAGUUGGAACACAAAGGGAGGAGGUUCAGGGUGAUUUUGAUGCUGCACAAGUUGGUAGAGAAAUGGAGGAGGCUGAGGGUGAGGUACAGGCUGAUGGUCAUGGUGAACAAGUUCAGGGUGAGGGUGACAUUGAGGCUGAAGUUGGUAAACAGUCAGUAGAGGAGGACAAAGUACAUCAUGUAGAUGAGGCUGAAGUACAUGAUGUACAUGAUUUUGAGCUACAGAAUGUACAUGAAGAUGACGAUGAGGAUGAGGGUGGACAUGAUGGUGAUGAUGAGGGUGGACAAGAUGCUGGUGAUGAAUAUGAAGAUGAAGAUGAAAAUGUAGAUGACUCUAUUAGUGAAGAAAGUGAAAGUCUAGUUGAUGUCAGGGUUGAAUGUGACAUGGGGACUUCUAAAGGACAACCUUGCAAUCCAGAAGGUGAAUGUUCAAUGACAAGUGAUAAUGAUGAAGUACAUGAUGUUCGUGGCUUGUCUGACAUUGAGUGGGUGUCAGAUAAGUUGGAUAGUGGUCCAGACAGUGAGGAUGAUGAUGCUACCAUUCCCAAAACUUUUUUCCCCCACAUUUACUCUGCCUAA